ACUUUCGAUUUGUGAAGAAUAUGAAACUAGGCGUAUUUACCGGGAAGUUAUUUGAAUACACCCCUAGUGAUAAACGGUAGAUGAACAAGAAUGGGAUUCAGUCUGUUAUACCUAACUGUGUUGGUGUGGAGCCCCCUGGUGACAGAAACAGCGUUUACCUGGAAAGAAACAGAGAAUCCGGUUAGAAGAACAGUACGCCAAAGAGUUGAAUUGGUGUGGAAAUAUGAAACUUACCAAUCUGUCAACAGCAUGAUUUUUAUUCGCGCUCGCUCUGAGAAUAUGUCUGAUGAUAAGGUUCCUGUGGGAAAAUGGACGCAGGAAGAGGGAUUCAAGCCCGAUCCAUUCAUAUCAACAAUGCUGGAACACGUUAUUGAGAACAUAGAAGGGACGAAUAAGAAGAAAGUAUCUUUGAUACUUAAAGAUCCUAUCAACAUAGACUACGGCCUCCAUUACAACUGUCAAGUUGACUUUGGUGAUUCAGUACCAAUGAAUUUGUCAAUUAAAUUGAUAGCAUUGAGGCCAAAAUGGAUAGAUAAUUCCGGAGCAGUUAAAGCAAGGGAGGGAGAAGAUGCCGAAUUGAUUUGGAGUUACACAUAUCCUUAUAUUACAGAGUGUGUUUUUAUAAGUAGAAAGUUAGAAAACGAAACGACGGAAUUGGGAUAUUGGUUUCGCGGUGAGUUUAAUAUAACGGAUCCGUCAUAUAUCGACAGAGUGAUCUUUGAGAAGUCAAACAAUAAGAGGAGUACAAAUUAUAGUGAAGAAAUUAAAGUCACUUUGAAAAAUGUCACAGACAAAGAUUUUAAUUAUACCUACGUAGGUCGCCUUAUUCUUAGUGAUGGAGAAGAACUCACAAAGGACCUAAGCUUAAAAGAGGUCAAGGUUCCUUUAAGUCCAGUGUCUAAACAAGACCAUGCCAACAGCGCACGUAAUUUUCAUUCCAAUGCUUUACUUCUUCUGGUGGCCCUCUUCCUGAACUUGGACAAGACUUGGUGGGUUGCAGUGAACAUUGUAACACAACCAUUGGCAUCAACACCAUCCAAUGACGGUCCCAAGUCCGAACAAAAUGUGGAGGGAUGAACAAGCGCGAAUGUUUUUGUUGAUAUGAAAUAAACCGUCCUUUUAAUUUUGUAUGGUACCAUGCGGUUCUUGCUGUUGUGUCAGGGAUGUGUUAUUAUUCAAAAUUGUGUAAAUAACCGUUAACAUGCCUUUCAUUCAAUUUACAACAUUGAUUAUAAUCCAUUUAUUUUAACAAGCUUUCCAAAAGCAUACCGUCACAUGAAACAAAAUGAAAACAAACAUUAAGAUUUAUUGAUGAGUAUUUACUAUUUAUACGCUCACAUAGAAAUGUCGUAUAUUGCCAUCCUAGUUCUUCUGUCGUCUACAAUUUCUUCUGAACACUCUACAAACUACAUUUAUUAUUUGAUUGUUUUGAAAUAAAUUAAUACAUGAUUUUAAAACAAUCAAUGCAACAAAGGACACUAUUGAAUUUCGGCAAUUUCCCUUGUAUCACUUUUAUGAACCUUAUGGACGCUCAUAAUUGACGACAGUUACCUAGCGUUAUGUAUGAAAUUUAUUCAUGCGUCAUUUAAAUUAGUGAAACGAAGAAUCCUUUUUAAUUUCCGCUGGAGCUAUAGCUUGUUGCACCUUGUGAACGUUUUAACGACAAAAGUGAUCAUCCGAUUUAUAUGGAAUUUGUAUGCAUCAUUUAAAUUAGUGAAAUAAAGAAGCCUGUUGAAUGUCUGCACCAUUUCUCCCAAUUACUUCGAAAGUUAUGGCCCUUGUUUCACUUUUGUUGAGCGUUCGCAUGACAAGUUAUUAUCCGAUCUGUAUGGAAUUUAUAUGCAUUCUUUAAAUUAGUAAAACAAAAAAAGCUUGUCCAAUUUCUGUA